AUAAAUAAGCGGAUAGAUGGCGUAGCGAGAGGAAAAAAUUUCCUUUUGACAACAUUGGAGCUGUAUUUCGUGAUAUUAAGUGAUAAAUGCUUGACAAAGAAGUGUAAUGAAAAUCCUUAAUUAUCUCUAAAAGAAUAUACAAUAAUUUAUACAUAUUAUUUUAAAUAAUAUUUGAAAGACAAAAAUUACAUUCUUCACUUCUAUUUUCGAGGAUUUCUUUUAAAUCGAAUUUCCUGCGUAAAUCAAUUUUCCAAGAAAACAUAAUACGAAAUGCCUAAAUUAAAAGACUUGUAUAUUGGAACGUGUUUAGGAGAUUUAAAGGUGAAAGCUGAAAUAAAUGACAAACACACACCAAAUCUAUUGGCGAAAUCGGUGAAAAAACUUUGUGAAGAGGCUAAUAAAGCCGAAAAAGAUGGAGAUCAAGAAAGGGCAUACGUUUUAUACAUGAGAAUGUUAAAUAUCUAUGUUGCUAUAAGAAAGUCUUCAGAAUACAAGAAAGAUAAGAAAUACUAUGAUGAAAUGAUUCAAGCAAAAAAAGCUGGUAAAAUUAUGGAAACUCUCGAAGAUCUAGGCGAUCAACUAAAAACUAGAUACGACGAAGUGUUAGCUAAAAAAGCGGGAGAGAAAAUUGCUGAAGAGAAAGAAGCUAGAGAGUUGAAAGAAAAGGAGAAAAUACACAGGCAACAAGUUAACGAAAAGAAUGCUGAAAGAGAAUCAAUAAAAUCUUCAACUGAUAUUGACCCUUUAAGAUUGAAAGAAAUCUUAAAUGAUCCAGAAUUAACAACCCUGAUUAUAGAUAUUCGGCCUAUAGAAGAGUACAAUCAAUCUCAUAUGAAAUUAGAUAAUUUGAUUCAUAUUCCUUCAACAAAAUUACCACCAGGUAUAUACGUGAAGAAAAUUGAGGAGGAACUCUCUAAAGAAUAUUUAUCAUUGUGGAAAAAAAGAUCUUCAUUCGAUGUCGUAGUUCUUGUUGAUUCAAAAUCUUACUAUCAAACGGUGGCAGAAAAUCACUUGGAUCCACUCAUUGCUCUAAAGAAAGCCUUAUAUGUGUUUGAUAAUCAACCUUUAGCCAGUGAACCAGUCAUAUUAAAUGGAGGCUUUCAAGAAUGGCACUAUACAUUCCCUAUGGAAAAUACUGGUUCAUACCAUUUUGACUUGGAUUCUGAUGGCCCAAAUAAGAAAGCCAAAGAAGAACUUGAAAAUUUGACCUACGAAUUCGAGGACAAAAAACCGCAAAUUCCGGAAGUGUUAGCGAGUGUUCCCAUUCCUGACCGCUCGAAGAAACCACUAAUACAUCCUAAGCAAACUGUAGCUAAGAAAAUUGAAACGAAAGAUGAUGAAAUUCCUGAUGCUAUCAUUCCUUCUGAAAGUAUAAGUAUUGAAAAGGAAAAGAAAGUUAAAAUACGAGAUAUUCCUCGCGUUGAUCGUACUAAAAAGCCACCAGAAAAGACUAUUAAGGAGGAUAAACCGAAAGAAACGAAUUUAGAUGAAAUUAAGAAGCAAAAUGAACUUGAAGAGUUGAAAAAAGAAGAGGCUCGCUUAAUAAAAGCCAAUUUACAGCGAGAAGAAGAACUUGAAAGAUUAAAAUCUCAGACUAAGGAAGCAGCUGAAAAACACGCUGCACUUUUAAGACAGUCUAAAAAGAUAAAUGAAGAAGUUAAGAUACAGCAACAAGAAGAACUAAACAGAUUAAAAUCUCAGACUCAGGCAGAGGCUGAAAGACAAGCUGCGCUUUUAAGGAAAUCUAGAAAGAUAAAUGAAGAGUUUAAAAAUUUAGAGGAAAGAAAAGAAAGCGAAAGCAAAACUAGUGAUCUCCAUUCAAAAUCAAAAGAGUCAGACGAGAUAUUGAAGAAAGAUAGGGAUCACAAGGGAAGCGUCUAUCCAACAAAUGCAGAAUUUAAACCAAAUAUUGAAAUAAAGCCUACAAGUAAUGGAGAAUUAAACACUAUUAUCAAAAAUAUUGAAGACAAGAUACACAUUACGGAGGUAAAAGAAGAUCAAAAUAAGAAGGUUUCAAAUGAAGAUUUACCUAGAGGAUUUCAGAAGAUUUACGAUUCUAAAUUAGAUAAAUACGUAUUCCGCGAUCAUAAAACUGACAAAAUCUAUACUGAAAUACCGAAAGAACUAAUGAAGAAAAAUGAUACUAUACCUAAAAAACUACCACAACAGCAGAAACCAGUUCAUAUUUCAAGAAUGCCAACAACUCUAUCUGCAACAACUGCAAAUAUUAAUACUGCCAAGUUAAAAGAUGAACCUACUACGCCAUCUUCAUCAAAGUUAAAAAGAAGUCCUUCUUCUCCAUUUAUUGCCCAAACGGGUCAAUCAACAGAUUCGGCUGUUUCGAAAGAUUCAUUCAAGUUGGAUAGACCACAAAUUGAUAGAACAACUAAACCAUUAAAUAGUGCCCAAUCACCUUUUGCAAAAGUGCCUGCAAAAGUAAGAAACUUCAAUCCUGUUUAUGGAAGUGUUGAAUACGGUCUGACUGGUUUAAGAAAUAUGGGCAAUACUUGUUAUAUGAACUCAACAAUUCAAUGUUUAAGUUUUACAGUACAAUUAACAAAUUAUUUUAUAUCGAAACAAUACGAAAAUGAUAUAAAUUUACACAACAAAUUAGGAACUGGAGGAGAAAUUGCUAAUGAAUACGCGCAUUUAAUACAAAAUUUAUGGAGUGGUCAUAAUCGUAGUAUUACUCCAAUUGACUUUCGAGAAGUUAUUAUUAAACAUAAUGAUCUAUUUUGUGGAUUUGAACAACAAGAUUCGCAAGAAUUGUUUAUAUUUUUAAUGGAUAGAUUACACGAAGAUUUAAAUAAAGUUACUAAAAGAAUACCUAUCUCAGAACAGAAUAAUGAUAAGCUUCCUGAUGAUGAAGCGGCAAGAAGAGCUUGGGAUAUGCAUACAAAAAUUAAUAAAUCAAAAAUUGUUGAUUUAUUUCAUGGUCAACUCAAAUCUACUUUAACUUGUAACCAUUGUAAGAAAAAAUCAGUAACGUUUGAUAUAUUUAUGUAUCUGUCGUUACCGCUUUCGUCAACUUCAAAAUGCUCUUUACAAGAUUGUAUAGCAAAAUUUCAAUCAAACGAAGAAAUGACUGGAUCGAGUAGAUGGAGAUGUCCAAAUUGUAAAACGGAUAGAGAUGCAGUCAAAAAUAUAGUUAUUUGGAAAUUACCAAAAAUUCUAAUUGUUCAUUUGAAAAGAUUCUAUCAAGAUGGUCGGUGGAGACAGAAAUUGACCACUGUAGUUGAUUUUCCAAUUGAAAAGUUGGAUAUGACCCAAAAUACUUUUGGUGAAAGACCUGAACCUUAUCAUUUAUACGCUAUAUCGCAUCACAGCGGAUCAUUAGACGUUGGACAUUAUACUGCAUUCUGUAGAUAUCCUAAAACUAGCCAAUGGUACAAAUUUGACGACACGGAAGUACGUGCAGUACCUACAGGAGAUAUACAGACUUCUGGAGCAUAUUUCCUCCUCUACGCAUCCGAUAAAUUGAAGAAAUAA